AUGGCGAUAUCAUCUCAGCCGUUGACCAGGGAGACCGCCAAUCCCAACGCCGCGACCGCCGCCGCAUCGGCCUUUUUGCGACGGGAAACAACGCCAUCUUUGUCGUCAGCGGCAGCUGCAGCCGCUCUCAAAGCUCGACCUACAACACCAACCAAUGUCUCUCAGGUCCAAUCGAAACGAGUUUCGCGCAGGAGCGCAUCUGUGUCGUCUUCCGGAAGCCGGGACAGACGAAGUCGGGAUCUUCAUCGAUCGCCGAGUGCGAAUUCCAUGACAGAGCGGACCUUCCGGUCUCCUUCGCCAUCGCCAGCCAGGAACCCUGCUCCGCAGGCCCAAGAUGUUCCUCCGGUCCCCAAGAUUCCUCAAAAUGAGCAAGUCAAAUCCGAUACAAAGAACCCAACACGCAAACGGGCAACGAGUUUGCAGACGCAGUCUUUUCAAACAGCCAGCCAAAAGAUGAAAAACGAUCAAGGCACCUGGUUUGGAGCAGCUGCAGCUGGGGAUAUGUCCAAUAUGCGACGAGCCACUGUGGUCGAUAAAAGAGCGUCAGUAGAUUUACGUCCUAGCAGUCCAAGCUCCAUCAACUUUUCGUACCCCCGUUCUAUGACUGACUCACCCAGUCAAUCAAAUAACGCAAUGGUGUACGAUCCCAAUUCAAGGCGAAUGGUUCCCCAGGCACAGUUGCUGAUACAAGAGCAAAAUGUCCGAGAUGCAUCCGAGAAACCUACCCGCAAGCACAAGCACGAAAACUCCAAGGCUGGCAGCCAUCUUUCUAAGGGAACAUUAGGACGGUUAAAGGGUACCGCUGUCGAACCAGUCUCACCGCCACCUAAACCGUCCAAAUCUGCACAAAGUGAGCCAGUUGUUCAAGCGGCAGUUACACAACCUGAACAGGCCAAGGAGGUCAGUCAAGCCAAGCCUGAGCCUGAACCCGCGCCGGAACCGGAUCUCGAGUCUAAACCAGAUAUCGAGCGUGAGAUAAAGCAUGCGGCAAGGCCCAACGUGCCUGAGGAGCAAAUGAUGGAUGAGUCUGAUGUAGAGUCAGAGGGUGAAGCGUCAAGGCAAGCAGCUCGCACUGUUGCAAGCCCACCCCAAGCUACCAAACCUGAAUCCUCCAUUAGAAAGCGACCAUCUAUCGUGCACGAAGACCGUGAACAGGAGGAGGAAUACGAGCCUAAUAAGCCAACUAUCUCCCGGGAGCGCUCAAUGGAUGGGGUUGAUGCGAUACCAGUCAAGUCUACUACUCCACCCCAAACACAGACUUCAGUUCUGGUAGAUCAGCAGAACGAAACUGUGCGUCGCACUCGUGUUCAUUCUGAAAGCCCUGCCAGGAGUCCCGCUCGCACAACGCACUUUGCGCCCAAAACCGAUCAACUAAUCGUCAGGCACGAGCCCCCUCCACGAUCGUUAUCGCCUCGAAAGUCUGCACUUAAGUAUUCAAGCCCUCGUGACGCGUCUCCUUCAGAAGAUGGUUCAGAUGCAUCCGUUGCUUGGUCAGGCAUGGCCCGAGAAGAUUCAGAUGCAUUACGAAAGAAAAGUGUGCGGGUAAGCUUUGACGAUGGGAACACAGCAAUUAUGGGUGAGGCUGCGCCUGCACCAGAUACGGAUUCGCCACGAUUAGCCAGUCCCCAGUCAAAGAAACCUUGGCAUAGCAUCAUCGGACGGAACAAGAAAGACUCAAUAACUUUGGAUGAAGAUGAAACAAUGACCCCCCGUCCCGCUCUGCCUUCUUUCGGAAGUGUUCGUGAGAAGAAGGUCAGAGAACCCGAGGAGCGACCCCUUGUUCGGCCCACGGACAGAUCAGCAUCACCUACAAUUGCUACAACUUCGCACCCUACGGAAGCCGAUGAUCAGCCCACUACACAGAAUUUAGCUCAGUCCAGCGACCACGCUAUCGGAUCUGUUUUGUCGCAAGAACAAGCCUCUCGCAAUGAAGCCAACACCUCCAGAUACCGAGAGCCACUACCUCCUGUGGUCACGUCUGUUGACGGCCAGGGAUAUAUCAGUAACAGCGACCUAGAAUCCGAUAUUGAAUCCGACAUUGGGAACUUGGAGACUCAGACAUCCACAGGCCACGGAGUAGAAACACAAACCACGGUUAAUGAUUCAACUGGCGGGGUCGAGAGUGAUUCGGCAAAAUCUAGUCCCAGCGACAACAUACCAACGAUUUCGAUCAUACAUCCCAGCCCGCGCAUCCCCGAUGAAAACCAAUCAGAUUCGCCUUCGGACUUCUUUGAUGUCCCUGGAGAGUUUCCUGCAGACACAGAUAACAAGAAGCGAAUCUCCGAUGACAGCAAAGAGCCAGCACAAAUUUCGACACGUCGGUCCUUCGAUUCAACUAGUGCAGUGUCUUCGAGUUCUCAGAUGCAUGAUAUCCAAGAAGUUUCAGAAGAAUCUGACGGGAGCAGCAUCUACAGUGACGCUUACGAGGACCUGUCCGACAUGGAGGGAGACGGUUUCUUAUCGCUUGAUGCGGUUGUCGAUAGUCCCAUUGAGCCCACUGUUCCCCAGAGAGUAUUAGAAAAGGCAAUGGCCAAGUCUCAAGAAACCGACAAGUCUCAGGAGUCUACACCUGUAAAGAGCACCUCUCAAGUUCUCCAGACACCCAGCGACUGGCAGACCGCGAAGGCGUAUUGGAGGAGUCUGAGCCCGGAGGGUAGGCGCCAGCUUGAAAAGGAGGCUAUGGAGGAUUCCGAUGAAGAACCCAUUCCAGAACAUGCAGUGCGUCGACCAAAGCACAAGACAAAGGCCCAUACCAAAGCAAAGGAUGCGGAGGAACCAAUUCAAGAACCCCUGGAAGAGCCCGAAGUUUCAGAAAAGUUGCGCGACACAAAACGAGUCUAUCAGAUUCAACCAGGCACGAGCUGGCCCCGCGAUGAUGUUGAAAAGCUUCGAGUCCAGCCUUCCACUUCAGACAACACAACAUCAAACGGAGGCAGCAAGCUCCGGAAGUCAAUGCGAGGUGCUGCAGCCCCUGUAGUCGAAAAUUCAAAACCAGCUCAGAGUGGCAGUAUGCGUAAGUCUAUGAGAUCUGGCACUGCUCCCUCCAGCCCCCAGAAUUCGAACGGCAGCCAUUUACGCAAGUCCCUUCGUCAAGAGCCCGAUGCCAGCGUUACUCCGAAUACCGGGAUGCGUAAAUCGCUCAGAGCAAACGGCUCUACGGCUAAUGGUCAUACUACGUCCCCAACUUCAAAGAAUACUCGGCCUACAUCUUAUCAACCGGCAACCACAUUCGAAACCGUUAAAGCUCAACGCCGCACGCAUUCUGAAGACAGGGGACCUACUAUGCGAGGUGCCGCGAAGCCAGCCCUGACACGUCGAGGAUCUGAUUCCAGCGAAAGCAGUUUCCGGCGUGCAAGGCCUGGGGGCGGGGAAGGUCUUAGCUUCCGUAGGACGAUGAGAGGAAGUGUUCGAGAGCCAGAACCAGUGGCAACGCCCGCCCAAGAAACUCCCCGAGGAAGCAGCCGGUUUAGCCUUCGAUCGUUAUCGCCUGCUGGGUUCCGACGCAACUCUAACACAAGCUCACCUCCCCCUGUUGCGAUGAGUGGUCGUAUGCGCCAGUCACUGCGUUCCGGAUCAUCUGAAGCCGAACCUUCUCACAAGCGCCUUUCUGGUUUCGGUCGUCCAGCCAAGGCCAAGAAAUCUAAGGGUAGUAGUCGUUUUGAAGAUUCAAGCGACGAAGAUGAGUCACAUCCAGCCUUCCGUAGCCGUUUUGUCGACUCCAGUGACGAGGACAUUCCUUCACCCGUGCCUAAGCAAAAGCGCGUGCCGAAAACACUGCGAGACUCGUCUUCAAAUGGUGCCGCCGCCGCCGCUAUAAAGGUCCCUGCUUCUCGUGCUGGUAUCCAAGAUUCUCCUGACCUACCCGACAGCGACGACGACUUAGCGCCGCCACAGCAGGGAAUUACUUCCAAUGGUGCAGCCUCUCGAUCUGCUCCAGUAUUGAACCGAAAUGGCUCAGGGCGAGGCAAUCUGGGAGCCCAAAAUGACACUGCCGAGAAAAUGGGGGCACGGCCAGGUCACAAGCGACGUGGCAGCUUUAUGUCAUCAAUUCUGCGUCGCAAGAAGGACUCCUCUGAUAAGGUUUCUCGCAAUACAAGCGAGAGCGCUUCCCGCAGGGAUACUCAUCUCGAGCGCGAUCCGGAGCGUCUUGCUGUUAUCCGGAGCAACAGUGAAGGGGCUGCUCACAGCUCACGUCUACAAAAACGUGGGGCAAAUUGGCCUCUCAAAGACCAUGAGCAUACUCAUGAAGAGGAAGAUUUCGACGAAGGCUCCCAGAACACGUAUGUCGUUGAUGAGGAGAAAAGGCCAUCUACUGCCGGCGGUAUCGGCUCAUCUCCAUCUUCUCCGACAAACAAAACAGGCUUCCUCAAGCGUCGUAGUACUUCUCACAGUCACAUGCGCCCCCAUGCAAUGUCAGCUGAUGGUUCAGAAGUUGGCACGCCAAAGAAGAAGAAAUUCGGAGCACUGCGCAGAAUGUUUAAGCUUGACGAAUAA